GUUGAUGCAAGUCAAUGCACUUUGGAAGGACUGGAUCAAAUUCUUCAGGCUGGUGUAGCAGCAGAAUUGAUAUUAUGCCCCAGAACACCUGAGGGAGAGAUAAACAACCAGCCUGAUCUUAAAAAUCAAAUUGAAGUAGUCAUUACACCAACUGAAGACGUCACAAAUGUGAUUGUUAUCGAGAAAGAAAACGGUAAAUUCAAGGUGAAUUUUACACCAAAAGUGCCGGGCGCCUAUAGCAUUGAAGUGAAGAUCAACGACGAUAAACUUCCGAACUGCCCUUUUACUACGCAAGUCGAAAAACGUGAACUUGCUGUGGUCGGUGACUUCAACUUGAAGUUAUUUCAACGAGAUGAGCUUCAUAGGCCAGCUGGAAUUGCUGUAAAUACGACAGGGAACAUUGCUAUAACAGAUUACGAAGGACACUGUGUAUAUAUCUUCGAUAAAGAAGGCAACUGUAUAAGAAAAAUUGGCAGCCAAGGACGAAAUGGCGGACAAUUUAACCGCCCAGUGGGUGUUACAUAUUUAAACGAUAACGAGAUUCUGAUUGCUGAUCAAGGGAAUCAUAGACUACGACAAGUAGAUGUCCAGACAGGAACUGUUGUAAAAAGCUUUGGAAAAAAUGGCGCAGCAAAAGGAGAGUUUUCCAGCCCGCUUGACGUUUGCCUGGAUGAACAACACCACAUUUUUGUAACCGAGUGGCUCAAUCAUAGGAUACAGGUCAUGACACAAGAGGGUGAGACUAUUACCAUGUUUGGAGACAGCGGCCCAGAGAAACUCUGUUAUCCAACAAGCUGCAUUCCUUACAAAAACAUGUUUCUUGUAGCUGAAGGAGGCAACAAGUGUGUUAAAGUUUUCGAUCAGUCAGGAACUUUCUUGUACAAGUUUGGAAAAAAAGGAAGUCAAGAUGGACAAUUUAACUCGCCCCAUGGUAUGCUUGUAGACAGCUCCAAUAAUCUUCUUGUAUGUGAUUGUGGCAAUAACCGAGUUCAGCAGUUUUCUUUAGACGGUCGCUUCACAGGCAAAACUAUAACUGAUUUAACACGUCCUGCUGCAAUAGCAACAGCGCGAGAUGGACGUAUUCUCGUGACUAGCGCAGCUAAGAAAGUCUACAUAUUGAAGUAGAAGAUUAACUCGUCAGUACGUGUAGUAUGUAACCAACCGCUCUCCCUGAUAUCAAUAGCACAACUGGCUGAUGCAUCUCUUAGUAUCUCCAUUCAAACAUCUCAAUUUUCAUUCAUAUCGCGUAAUGUUUCGUAGAUUUUUCAGGGCGGUACUUUUCAAUCAUCCAGUCUGGUGGAAAUUAAACUUUCUUUAUUCCUGA